CUGCCCGCCUGCCCGCCGCCGGCGUCGAUACAUACAGAUAUAGAUACACGCACGCUGCCAAGAUUCUUAACUUGAUUCCGUUCGAAUUCCUCCCAAAUCUCUAACAAGCAAGAAUCUAAUCCGCCCCUUUCUUUAAGGCCCCUCGUAUGAUUUCAGGACCAAUCGAUUGUUGUUGGGCGUCGCUCUAUUUUAAUUAAUUUUGUAUUCUUGCAGAGAUUGAGGUUUUCUUUCGCCGCCGUCCAUGGCGAAUUCCGGCGGUCCGACGUUCUACUCACCCCUAUCCAAACCGCCGCCGCCGCACGCCCGACGGCCAAAGCUCCUUUCUUUUGCCGUUUUGGUCGUUCUUUGCUCCAUUUCGUAUCUAUUCGGCGUUUGGCAACGCGGAGGAGGCGGCGGCGCCGACGGCGUCGCCGUCGGGAUGGGCAAUCUCAACGCCGGGAUUUCCUGCCCCACCAGCAACCUAACCACUACUGUUUCCGCCGCCGUUGUUCCCGGAAAUCGGAAAUUAGAUUUCGGGACUCACCAUUCCGGCGAGGACUCCGCCGGAAUCAACGCCUCCUCCGCGGCGGUCAGGCCGUUCCCGCUGUGCGACGUCAAGUACAGCGAGUACACUCCCUGCGAGGACCCGGUCCGGUCUCUGAAAUUCGACCGGGACCGGCUGAUUUACCGCGAGCGCCACUGCCCGGAGAAGAACGAGUUGCUGAAGUGCCGGAUUCCGGCGCCGUACGGCUACCGGAAUCCCUUCAGAUGGCCGGCGAGCCGAGAUCUCGCCUGGUACGCCAACGUCCCCCACAAGGAACUCACGGUCGAGAAGGCGGUCCAGAACUGGAUCCGGUUCGAGGGAGACCGGUUCAGAUUCCCCGGCGGCGGCACCAUGUUCCCCAACGGCGCCGGCGCCUACAUUGAUGACAUCGGAAAAUUGAUCAAUCUCAAAGACGGCUCCAUCAGAACCGCCAUCGAUACUGGCUGCGGGGUUGCAAGUUGGGGUGCAUAUCUAUUGUCAAGAAACAUCGUCGCAAUGUCAUUCGCGCCGCGGGACACACACGAAGCUCAAGUUCAAUUUGCUCUCGAACGAGGUGUGCCAGCGAUGAUCGGCGUCAUUGCCUCGAAGAGACUCCCGUAUCCUUCCCGAGCAUUCGAUAUGGCGCAUUGCUCGCGCUGCCUCAUCCCGUGGGGGCAGCAAGACGGACAGUAUUUGAUCGAGGUUGAUAGGUUGUUAAGACCGGGCGGGUAUUGGAUCUUGUCCGGUCCGCCGAUCAAUUGGCGGAAACACUGGAAAGGGUGGCAAAGAACACAGGAAGAUCUUAACUCCGAGCAGCAGCAGAUCGAGAAUGUUGCGAAGAGCUUAUGUUGGAAGAAACUAAUUGAGAGGGAUGACAUCGCGAUUUGGCAGAAGCCGACGAAUCAUAUCUUCUGUAAGAAGUUGAAGAAGGUUCACAAGAGCCCUCCUCUUUGCCCUCUCCGGAAUCCCGACAAAGCCUGGUACACGAAUUUGGAAACCUGCGUGACUCCCUUGCCCGAUGUUUCAUCGAAUGAGGAAGUUUCCGGUGGCAGUCUGGAGAAGUGGCCGGGAAGGCUGACUGCAGUUCCUCCGAGGAUUAGUCGGGGGACGGUGGAUGGUAUUACACCGGAAGUUUUUCGACAGGACAUGGAGCUGUGGAAGAAGCGCGUGACUUAUUACACGAGCAUCAACAACGAGCUCGGGACAUCGGGGAGAUACCGGAAUAUUCUCGACAUGAACGCAUACAUGGGAGGCUUCGCCGCGAAUUUGUUCGACGACUCCGGCUCGAGCUCCUCUUGGGUGAUGAACAUUGUCCCCGUCGAGGCCAAAGUCGACACUUUGGGCAUCGUAUACGAGCGAGGAUUGAUAGGAACUUAUCAUACAUGGUGCGAGGCGAUGUCGACUUAUCCUCGAACAUAUGAUUUCGUCCACGCUGAUUUGGUUUUUACGAUGUACAAAGACCGGUGCCAGAUGGAGGAUAUCAUGUUAGAAAUGGACAGGAUUUUGCGACCGGAGGGCGGUCUGAUCAUCCGCGAUGAUGUCGAUGUUCUUCUCAAGGCGAAGGCGAUAGCGGAGGCGCUUAAUUGGGACAGCAAAAUCGUCGACCACGAAGACGGGCCGAUGGAGAGGGAGAAGCUGCUAUUCGCUGUCAAGCUGUACUCGACAGCCCCGAAAACUUCGUAACUAUUUGACAACAUCGUUUCGUUCGGUCUCACAAAAACUUAGCUAACGAUUAAAAUUUCCUUUUUUCGUGGAUUUUUGUUGUGUAAGUGUUUAGUUUCGAUUUGAAGCACAAUUGUGAUGACAAGAAGUUAGGUUGCUCAUGCUUUGUAGUAACUAUUCAUUU